GAAAUUUCUUUUAACAUCAGAACAUAACCUUAACCCAACCCUAGAUCUUCAUCCUUCAACAGCGCGAACCUUCUUCCUUCUCUUCAACUCAACAACAUUACAUCACACUUCAUUCUCAGAUCUUCCCGGACAAGUCUCAUUCCUUAACAAUUUUCCACCUUUGAGCCUCAAACCCUCUUAAUUUUGCAUUCCAUCUUGUGGGAUCCACUUGAAUUACACUGGAUUUGAAGCCCCACUAAAAAAAGUCACAUUUUUUUUCAACUGGGUAUGCUUUGCAUGCGGCAUUAGUGAGUAGUGUAUUGUUAGGUAGUGAGUUACAAUGGCAAUGCCAUCGGGAAAUGCAGUAAUGCCGGAAAAAUUGCAGUUUCCGGGUGGCGGUGGUGGUAGUGAGAUCCACUACCGCCAGCAGUGGUUUGUGGAUGAGAGGGACGGGUUUAUCGGUUGGCUUCGCAGCGAAUUCGCGGCUGCAAAUGCCAUCAUAGACUCUCUGUGCCACCAUUUGCGUUGUGUUGGGGAGCCUGGGGAGUAUGACAUGGUUGUUGGGGCAAUUCAGCAGAGGAGGUGUAAUUGGACUCAGGUGCUGCUUAUGCAGCAGUACUUUUCUGUGUCUGAGGUGGUGUGUGCACUGCAGCAAGUGUCAUGGAGGAGGCAGCAGAGGGUUGUUGAUCUGGCGAAAACCGGUGCAAAGGAGUUUAGGAAGUUCGGUUCGGGGAUUAGGCAAGGGCAGCACAGGCUUGAGGCUGCCAAGGAUGGAUAUAAUUCUAGUGUAGAGUCUUUUUGUCAUGGGACAAAUGCUGUGGUGGUUGCUGGAGGUGUGGAGAAAGGGACCCCUUUGACCGAGAAGAAUGGAGAAAUUAAAUCUGGUGGCAAGGUUGGGACCAUGGAUAACAAGAGUUUAGCAUCUCCUGAGGAGAGGAAAGAUACUAUUACAAAUCAUCAAUCUGAUGGUAUUUUGAAGGGCUCUGGGAAUUCUCAAGGAUCUCUGUCCACCUCUGAAUGUGAAGCUGUGGGUGUAAAUGAAGAAUGUGUAUCAAAUUCUAAAGAGAAUGAUUCUACCAUGGGAAAAACUUUUAUUGGCAACGAGAUGUUUGAUGGGAAGAUGGUGAAUGUGGUUGACGGACUGAAGUUGUAUGAAGAUUUAUUGGAUAGGACUGAAGUUUCAAAACUUGUUUCAUUGGUCAAUGAUCUGAGGGUUGCCGGAAAGAGAGGACAAUUUCAAGGAAAUCAGACAUUUGUGGUUUCAAAAAGGCCCAUGAAAGGACAUGGAAGGGAAAUGAUUCAGUUGGGUGUUCCCAUUGCUGAUGCACCACCAGAUGUGGACAAUGUAACAGGAAUCUCCAAAGAUAAGAAAGUAGAAUCUAUCCCUUCUUUGUUCCAAGAUAUUAUCAAGCGCUUGGUUGCCUCGCAAGUGAUGACUGUGAAGCCUGAUGCUUGCAUUGUGGAUUUCUUUAAUGAGGGUGAGCACUCACAUCCCAACAAUUGGCCUCCUUGGUUUGGAAGACCUCUUUAUAUACUUUUCCUGACUGAAUGUGACAUGACUUUUGGGAGAAUAAUUGUCUCAGAUCAUCCUGGGGAGUUCAGGGGUGCUGUCACGCUUUCUCUUGUACCCGGGUCCCUUCUGGUGAUGCAAGGGAAAUCAACUGAUUUCGCCAAGCACGCUCUUCCUUCUAUUCACAAACAACGCAUAAUUGUAACCUUCACAAAGUCCCAACCGAGAAGUUCCCUGCCAAAUGAUUCUGAACGACUUGCUCCACCAGCAGCGUCCCAUUGGGCCCCACCACCGAGCAGAUCUCCCAAUCAUGUGCGUCAUCAAUUAGGCCCCAAGCAUUAUCCCACGGUUCAAGCAACUGGAGUACUGCCAGCUCCGAACGGUAUGCAGCCGUUGUUUGUGCCGGUGCCGGUGCCGGUGCCAGUUGCAUCUCCCAUGUCAUUUCCCACACCUGUGCCAAUCCCACCUGGUUCCAUUGGAUGGACCUCAGCUCCUCCGAGGCAUCCUCCUCCUCGAAUCCCUGUUCCUGGCACAGGAGUUUUCCUCCCUCCACCUGGCUCAGGUACCAUACAUGAAGUGAACCCAAGUGUGGAAACUUGGACUGUGUCGGGAAAGGAAAAUGGGAAAUCUAAUCACAACAAGACAAAUUCUGAAGCUGAAGAAGCUGGUGUAGAGAAAGAACACGAAAGCAACGACAUGACGGCUGCAAGCCAUUGAUUGAGCUAUGGCAGAUUAGAAAGAGGGAAAGCUUAUCAAAGGAAAGGGGUAGGCUACGGAUCUAACGAGUUUGAAGCAAAUGUAAAGAGCGGCAACAUUUGACACGACACGAUACAAUACUGCAAAGGAGAGAACAAGGGAAGUAGGCACAACUUUUUGGUUCACUUCUUGAUCCUCAUUCCUUUUUUCUUGUCUUAUUAUAUUUAACUUUUACAGCAAGGGAAACCCCAUUCUUAAUUCAGAUUUUGAUUUUUCCUAUCUUUGAAUUAUUUUACGUGUUUAGGGGUCGAUUAUUGUUGUGGUAAUGUUUUCUUCUACCAUUUUUUAAACAAUUUUGAUGCAUGCAUGGUGAAAUAGAAUCUGAGGACUCUUGAA